AUGUUUUAACGAGAAUAAAGGAAUACGACUAAUUCUGGAUAUAAGAGUUCUUCAAAUGCAUAUGUAAUGGCAAUGAAGGCACUACAAGAAAAAAUAAAAUUAAUGGAAACACAAAAAAUUCAUUUGUAGCCUUGUAAUAAAAUGAAAAUUAACGAUGAAGAAAAUUUGUCUUAGUAAAUAUAAGAACUGAGAAAUUAAAAUGAAACAUUAUCUAUUUAACUAUAAAGACAAUAAAAUGAUAAAGAAAAUAUUAAUAAUUAUAUUUUAUAAAUCGAAGCUUUGUAAUAGGAAAGAUUAAUAUAAUUGAAGGAAUACCAAGAUCGUGUUGCAGAUCUUGUUAAAAAGAUAGAGGAUGGUAAGAAGGAAAGAUCAGAGAUGUAGAGUUAAAUUGAUCAAUUGUAAAAGCAAUUAGAGCAGUAUAAACUAAAUGAGAGAGGAUUGAUGCAGAAGGUGGAUCAACAAAAAUUAGAUGAGAACUAGAAAUAGAUUGAAUAGAUCUUGGAUUUGAAGCAUAGAUUAGAAUAAGGAUAAACAUAUUCAAAGAAGCUUGAAAAGAGAUAUGAAAAAUUAUAAAAUGAGAAAAACUAAUUGGAAUCUAACUAUUUAGAUUAUAGAGAGAGAUGUCCAAUAUUUAAACUGCAAGAAUAUGAAAAACAAAUUUAGAUAUAUAGAGGUUAGUUAGAAGAGAAGGAAAGAGCAUUUUUGAGAAUGAUGGAAGAAAUGUAGAAUUAACGUUAAUCAACAGAGGAUCAAUUGACUCGAAGAAUCUAGGAAUUAUUAAACAAAAGUAAUGAAUAUUAAUCUAAAAUACAUAAAUUGACAAUAGAAUUGAAAGAUUUAAGUUUAAAGCAUCAAUAAUUAUAAUUAAGGAUGGAAUACGAAGAGAAAAAUAAUAAAUUUAAUCGUAAAAGAUUGAGGAAUGUAUCCUCUUCUGAAGAUCCAGAUCAAGAUAUACCAACACACAAUCCUGCUUAAUAUUAGAUAAAUAAUCAUAAUUAGAAAGUUGCUAAACUUAAUUUUGAAUACUUAUAGCCUUAAAUGUCUAGUCCUAGAUUUGAAUAAAGUUUAGUUAAAUCCAAUGUUCUAAAGCAAGCAAUAAAGGAUUGUUUAGAAGACAUGAAAUAGACAACUCCAUUUAAGUCUGAUUUACAUUUUUAAGCUGAUUAAAGUUUGUUAUAACAGCAUUCUAAAAAGAAAUUGCUAUCACCUCCUACGUCAGCUAGAAAUAAUGAAACAGAAUAUCAAUUGAAAUAAUUGAAUGAUCGUUAUGAAUAGUUAAUAAGAUAGGCUUAGAAAGAAUCAGAUUUUAAACAAAAAGCCUAAAUUCGAAAAGAGUUAUUGGAUAUUGCUGAACAAAUUAAGGAUAUAAAUAGAAAACAAUGA